AUGGCGAAACAAAAAAGAGAGCUGGUAAAGGAAGAAAACAAAAAUAUUUUAAGGAAUAAAGUCAAAGAGCCUUCACCUGAAAGUAAAACAGCAUUAGAACAAAUAGGAAAACGUGAAGUCAAAGCUGAUGUUGUCAUGUCUCAAGCAAUAAAUCAUAUUGCAGAAAAGCUUAAGGAAAACCAAUGUCAUAAUCUAAUAACUACUGAUACCCCUGAAGACAGAAAAGAUCCUCAAAAAAAGCUGGUACUGAAGAAUAGCGCUGCAUUAGCUAUAUCACAACUCAGUCAUUUGAUAACUUCACCUGAAGAAGAAAAAACGUCUAAAUCAAAGGAAUACCUGCUUCUUCCACAUAACAAAAUACCAAUAGAACGUAUCUAUAUAGAAGAUGUUUGUGUUGACCGACACUUAACACCUGCAUCUAUAAAUAAAGUAAAACAUUAUAAAUACAGUGGACUAUUAAAACUAACUGAAGCAGAGGCAUCACAAGAGAGACAACAUUUUUUAAAAAGGUUACACGGAUUGCCCGUGUCCUUAUGGAAAACUCAAAGAUCCAGUGAGAACGCUUUUACAAAUAAAAUUAAGCCUUGGGUUGCCUCGCCUCAGUUUCAAGCGAGACAUAAUGUAUAUUUUAUUAUGGCUUACACUGGUAGUAAAAGGCAGGCGGUUAAAGCAGAAAGCGUUAAAUCAACGUCAAAGCAAAAAGUAAAAAAUACAAAAGCCGCUAAUUUAGUUCUUCAUAGAAACACGGCUCCACAAGUGAAAAGAAAAACUACUUCAGAAGUAAAGCUACCAGAUAAAGUUCACACCAAACUGAAUCUUUCAUCAGAACCUACAACAUCUGCUAUGAGAGAUGAACAUGCAAAAUCUACUGAACUUAGUGUACUACGGCCAGUAGAAUACGAAUUAUUUCAAAAAAAAUCUUUUAAAAGUCUAACGGAUGUAGCUACUCCUCUGUCAAAAAGGAGCGUGACGCACAAAUCCGCGAAAAGAACGUCGGAGAAGGGGAUUUCAGUUAUAGUAAAAGGAAAGAAAACAUCAAAUAUUCCAUCCGGAAAAUCAAAAAAACUUAUGGCAACUGGACAUGAACACACGACACACCUUAUGACAAAACAAAACCAACAAAGAAAGUUUGAUACUGGUUAUCCCAGCGUAAAGAAAUCUGGCAAAACAGCAGUAACAAAAAAGUUAAAGAAAACAAAAGCAACUUUAAUUUUAACACCAAGACAGAAUGAAAAAGUAUUUUUUAGCAGAUCAACUGCUGGGCAUCUACCGUCGAGCGCAAAUAAACUCCCUUCUUUAAAAACACCAUUAAAACAACUACAAAAAACUAAAACUGUUGGUAUAGUAAUGUCUUUUAGUAGGAAAACUUCAUCAAUGAAAGAAAACAAUGGUGACAAUGUGAUAGUUGCAGCAUUAGAAGCACCAGAUUCAGGGCUACGACAAGAACCAAAAGCUUCAUCUUCAAAAAGUACUAAAAAGUUAUGUAAAGUUCCAAAGUCUGAUUAUGUAAUACCACUUGAAAAAAAAAGUCCUGAACAAAAUAUUUUUCGAAGUUUGGCAGACCAUAGAUUACCUCUAUCUACAAGAAGAACUUCCAGAGAGAAAGUGCUGUUUGUAAAAAUAAAGGCUCGGAAAAAAUACAAAGUUCCACCUAAGAAAAUUAAAAGAGUAGCUGGCUUGCUAACAUCUGUAAAGGAUCAAACAUCGGCACUAUCGGAAAAUAUUAUUGGAGGUAAAGUCGAAGCUGGAACGCCUUUAUCAGAAAGCAAAGUAUCUUUUGAGAAUCUCUUAUUAAACAAAACAAGAACUCACUUAAGUAUGCCAUAUCCAAAAACAUCACGUGAAAAAACAAAUUUGCAAAAACUUUCAACACAUCUUGGAGGCAAAUUUGAGAAAGACUUUGAAACAGGUUUUCUGCCUUUGCCAACAUCAUCUAAAAAAAAUGAAAAUAACAAAUAUGUAAUAGUAACAAAAUCUCUUGAAAAACGAAUAGGAACUGAAGAUAUGCAUAUCCCUGUGAAGACAACUUAUGAACGAGGCUGCGAUUGUAACAAAAAGAAAAUCAAGUUUAAAAAUAGUUACAUUAAAAUUAUAGUUGCAUCUCCAGACAUAUCAUCCACCGACUGUUUUAAUUCGGGAGUUAACACUAAAGCCUUCGUGAACAAUAGAGGCAUUCGAUUUAUUGUUGGGUCAGCUAUUGGCGUACCUCUUUAUUCAAGAGCGGCAUUAGUUAAAGAAUUACUUGAUGACAUUUAUUUUAAAUAUGGAAGUUUUACUACAAAUAAAGCAGGCAACAAAAUUUUAUAUAAACACAUAAACAAUGGUCGGCUAUGUUCCAAUAGUGAUCUUAAAGUCCAUAAGAAUGUAGCGCAAGCUACUAGUAACACGAUAUUCUGUACAUACAAGACCACAAGUGAUGAUGGCACACACUGUAUAUAUACUGCAACUCAUACAUCCAGUGAUAUUAUCAAUAAUUCAGAUAUACAAAAGACAUCUGAUGAAGAAGAGGAAGAGGAUCCAUCCGAAUAUCUGAAAAAAGAUAUUUUUAGAUUGUCAAGUAACAUUUACCAAGAAUCGUUUCCCAAAGAAACUUAUUCAUCAAAAAGCAUGUCCCGUAACAAAUCUGAAUCCUUAAUUCUAUUAAGUAAUAGCUCUACAUUAAGUUUAUCGACUUCUCAAGGGAGUUGGAAUACAUCAAGUCUGCUAACUACGGAAAGUGGUAGCUCUUCAAAUCAUUCUACCCAUUAUUUUAAUUGCCAACUAUCCAACGACCUUUUCAGUAAUCCUAAUUCUGAUUCAAACACUGAUGACUCAAACUACUCUCCGUAUGAAGUUCAAACAGAAGAAAGUAUCGACGCCUCAGACGAAUCUGUAUUAUGCAACGAGUAUCUAGAUGUCAUACCAACACACGUUUACCAGAUUUUCAGAAUGUCCGGGAAUGAAGCAAAUCCAUUACUUGAAAAGAAAUGUAAACACAAGCAAAGAACUAGAAAUGGAGAACCUAUCGUGGUCAUAAACCAUUUAAAUAGUGAGCGUGACAUAACAACUAUAGUUGAUGAACUACUGGCAAAAAAUGAUUUCUCUGACGUCUCUUCUAUAUUUGUACUUGUGCCUUCUGAAGACAACGAUGCCGAUGGUUCUACAGAUUUCCUCAAGUCCUGUACAACGAUAAGCGAAAAUCAAAUUCUAUAUAGAGGUGGUAAUAUUAACAACUAUGUAGACUUCGGUAUGAACGAUGACCCAUAUUACUUACCAAAAUUAAAAUCACCAAAGAGAUCAACCACGACACUAACUUUGUUUCGGGCUCAAGACGCGCCGUGUAAUACACCCCCAUGUAGUAAUCUGCCGCUGCAAAAUAAGCUACCGCUAUGUGAUACACCACCCUGUAGUAAAUUGCAGUCGCAAAAGCAGUUACCACUAAAAUCUAACAAUAUACCGCCGUGUCAGAAUAAACCGUCGUGUUUGUGCAAUGGGGCGAGUACUACAUGUCCAGAGCCACCAGUGAAACCGUGUGACUGUACAGCAGAAAAGUUAAAAGAACUAAUAGAGCAAGCGGUCGGUACAGGAGCGACGCGGCAUAAAAAGCCGCUUUGCCGCAGAGAGUGUAGAGAAACGGAUACACAGACACGUAAACGCCCAUCUCGUACUGCUGCAGAUACAGCAGUAUCUACUAAAAAGAAAGGAAAAGAUGGAGACUGUCUUACAUGUCAACAUCCCCCUACGGUCGACGAAUGCGGUUGUGAUGAUAAGAAGAAUCCAAUAAAACUCAAACCAGUCUGCCCAUGCCAAGCAUAUCCGAGAGCACGACCAAGAAAACCGAUAGCACAACACUGCACUGAGUCGGGACCAAAAUCAAGACCCACAAAGGUCCCAAGUUCAUAUCUUGCGGUACCUCCUAAAACAACUACAAGUGCUAGCUCAUCCAUCACAAGUCGCUUAAUUCCAGUCCGUCAACCAGCACUAACCCAGAUAAUAGGUCCAGCAGGAGAGUCAAUGGAAAUUGAAGCUGGAAAAAUUUACAAUCAGGCAGGAAAUAAACAAAUUAAAUUAAUCUCCACAAUCGGUACUUCAACCGAUCACGAUUUGGAUUACAAAUGCAAAACUGAAAAGAAAACAAAGAACGUCACAUGUGAAUGUCCAGAAGAAGAAUUUGAACGCGAACCAAAGCCAGAACCAAUAUUAAGUCCAAUGCCAGAGCCAGAGACAAACCAAUUUGAAUGGGUUGACUUAAGGGAAAUAAAAAAAAUGAAAUCUGAUUUAACUCAUAGAAUUUCAGGAUUUACAAUGCACAAAAAACGACAACAAGCUCCAACAGAUGAAGAAAGCUCAAUUGAUGACGCCAUAAAAUAUUAUGCAGCUAUGUACCCAGAGCUAUUUCAGCGUAUCCUUAAACAACAACUAUUAGAGCAACAAUCACCACCACCUCCAUCAUCAUCAUUAGCAACGACGGUCGAAAAGCCUUGGGAAAAAAAGAUAAAAGUCUCAAAAAAACCAAAUACGAAAGUCUACUGCGAGUGGCCUGAAGGAGUCGCAAUACUGCCUUUGCGAUCAGCUGAAGCAUUACCUCCCUGUCGUCUAGAAGAGACGUCGCCCUUUUCAAUAACUUUUUCAUCCCGCUCAGAAUCUACAUUAGCAGAAAGUCAAUACAACAAAGGUCCGGUUAAAUGUUUGAAGUAUAAAAUAUCAAGCAAAGGACGCGCUGAACUUCAGUGUUUCGGUGACUAUCUCACAAUGCCGUUGACUCGAGGCUUGUCUAAAUUUCAGACAGGUCCGUCAUCUGCCCAAUUCACAGGGGCCUUUAGCCCUGAGACCGUUCCUGUAGAAUAUCGAGAAGGGUUGACUGCUACGCGCCGACCUCGCUUCCGACCGGCUUCAGCGUGGUCUGACAAUAGGCUGGUAGCGAAAAAUCACACAGGAAACAAACGUUACACUUACGCAGUACAAACUAAUCUGCAAAAAACUGAAAGAAACAAAAUAUCGGAAAAAUCGUCGCAUAAUAAAAUACUAUCAGAAAAAGAGAAUAUUUUGAGUGACAAGCCUACGUUGAAACAAUCGUCGUCAGAAAGAACACCACCACUCAAGAAUUUCUUAAAUAGAACUAGAAAGCAGCCAAGAUUGUCAACAGAACCAAGAUCAAGUUCUAAAAACACUAAAAUGUAUAAGUCAGACGCACCCGGUAUUGUAAUACCUGUGAUAAAAAAAUCUGAGCUUAUAACAGCCCCAAGAGCUUUAGAUGCUCCUGAAGAAGUAAUGUCGUCAGAAGAGGCGCUCACUAAUAAUUUUCUAAAUAAUGCUCAGAUUUCUUCAAAAAUACCUUUGAAAAUGCUUCGUAAAAUAAGGAGAACAGGACUUAUAGAAACCCCGCUUGAAGGAAAAACUCCAGAACAAAAAGAAAAAAUAUUACGUUGCCUUAUAGGGCAUAAUUUUCACCUGCCCGAUGGUAAAACGUCAUCUGAAAUAAAGAUGAUAGAUAAAAUUCGUAAAGAAGUUGGUUUACCUAUACAACCCAAAACGCAAACUAUAAAUAUAUAUAAUAAGUCCAUAGCUGCCGCUAAUACUGGCCUUUUGCAGCCAUUGGCAGGGAAAUCACCCAAAGAUAAAGUGAACACUCGUCAAGGACUAGGUAAAUUAAAAAUUCCGUCAGCGGAAGGUAGGACACCAUCAACAAAAGUAUUAGAAACUAAAAUAUCAGAUAAGCCUAGAAAGACAAAAGCUGCAGAUUUGCUGACACCGAUUAGGGGAAAAACUGGUGAAAAAAAACAUAAAAUUUUAUGGAUUCAAACCGCAUCAGAAGUAAGAUUUAUUGAGGUGCAUGAUGACCUUAAUUUACCUGUUGAACCUAACACAAACAAAGCUAUCAGAAAAAAACACGACCAAGCAACUAGAACAGGACUGCUUUCACCGCUCGAAAGAAAAACAAUGGAGGAAAAAAGAAAACAAUUGCAAGGUUCAAACAAUAUGGGUACACAGUUACCUAAAGGCAGACCACCUUCAGAGAAAAAAUAUAUGUCCACAGCACCAAUCCAAGCAGGUCAUUUAGUAAACUCAAAAAAGAAGCGUAAACCUAAAUCUAAUGGAUUAUUUACGAUUCUUGAAGGAAAAACUUCAGCGCAAAAAGUGAAAUUAUUAAAAGGACUUGCAAUGCAUAAUAUUCCUUUGCCUGAAGCCAAAACACAGUCUCAAAAAAGAUUAAUUGAUAAGGUACGAGCUCGGCUACCUCCCUUGACUAAGGCACUUGCAAUGAAAGAAAGACUUGUAAAAGCGACUGAAGCUGGUUUACUCGAUUCGCUUGUUGGAAAAACACAAGCCGAAAAAGAAAAAGUUCUAUCCAAAUUAACAGAGCUGGGCAUACCACACCCUGAAGAUCGCACGUCAUCGGAAAAAAUAUUAAUACAGAAAACAAAAGAAAAAAUAAAGAAAAUAAAAUUAGAAAAUCCCAUGUCAUCGUCAAUGGAAAGAGAAUAUACUAAAAAAUCUGUUGAAACAAUGCAUAUAACAAAAUUCACAUCGAAAUUUCAAUGUGGUGUAGAUUCCAAAGGCUUUUUAACAAAAUUUGAAAGAUCAAAACCUGAAGUAAAACCUAUUUUCCAAAAAUUAUCAACACCUAAUAUCGUUAAUAAACUGUCGAUAGAGGAUUUAGACCAAAAUAGUAAUAACGAUUACUUAAUACUUUCUAAAUUAAAAAAAAUGAGAAAAGCAAAAGCUACUAAUCUUUUUUCAAAUCUAGCUGGAAAAACAAUAUCUCGAAAAGCAGAAAUGCUAAAAAGUAUUGUUGAAAAUGGUUUGCCAUUACCUGAAGGUAAAACAGCUUCCGAAAAACAGUUAAUAAGGAGAUUCAAGAUACGGGCGAAUGCUCACCCGAAAGCAAAAUUAGAAAGUAUUGAGAAGAAAAAAGAGAGAAAAGCCUUUGGCCUUUUAACUUCAAAGAAAGUGAUGAAAAAUGAUCAAACUGUUGAGUGCGACAACAUUCAUAUAAAAACCAUUACCCCUGAAUUUCAAAUUCCUCGUGAACGUACUCCAAAUAUGAGAAUAAGAGAUACGUGUGCAAGUGCUAUUGAUAAAGCAACACAUUCAAUCGUCACUAGUAAUCGGGUGUUGCUUGAAGAUACAAUGACCAGAGUUCACCACAGCGAUCCCGGGUCUGAUUAUUUCGGUAGCUUCAGUAAAUCUCCAAAGUCUUGGUAUAAAGAGACGAUUUCCAGUAAUUCUGGUAUAAAUUUAAGAGCUAAACUAUCCUCGGCGGUAAUCGAACAUCAUCAACAGAAUAGAUCAACACAACAUUUUGAAGGGAAUAACAAUACAUCAGAAAGAAGAGAGCCCAGUUCAGAAAACUUUAAAUCCACGGAUGGUGCUUAUAAAGGUCCUAGAUCACAAUCUGCAGCUAACACGUUGGACUCUAUUGUAGUUAUAAAGAGUGAAACUUCGUUAUCUUUUAACUCCAGUUCAAGUAAUAGCUUAGGCACAGCCUGUAAGACAUCAGAUAUGGGCAGCAGCAUCACAUCUUAUUCCUCAAAUUACUCGAGUUUUCAAUCAACUGUCGAAGUCUUGGGUGUAACUUCAUUAGAAGAACUUACGACAAGCUUUAACACCAAGCUAAAAACGCUACCGGGAACGGAGAGCAAAAAUCAAUUAAAUGCAACAGAACGUGAAGGUGUGCAAGAAUUUACAAUCUUAAGAAUUUCACAAGCAAAUCUUCAACUCAAAAAUGACGAGAGAAAAACGAAUAAUUCAACAGAACAACUCCUUAAUGAGGUGGUCAUGGACGAGUUUCCAAGUGAACUUGAUGUAUCAAAAUUAAUGGACAAAAUUAUGACGAAAAAGCGUUUUCACGGUGUAUCAUCAAUAUUUAUAGUGGUGCCAACGUCCGAUGAUGAUGAAGCCCAAAACUCAAGGAGGAGGUUAAAUUCAACUACAAGUUUUCUAUCGAGUGCAUCUCCUUCGUUAUCAAAAAGUACUAAUUACGUAAAUAAAGAUCCACAGAGAUUAACUUCAAAUUCAAAACGAGUUUUAAAAGUAUGUAGAAAAUCAAAACGAUUUUAUAUGCGAGAGUUAUCAUCUUCUAACGAAUCACAAAAUGCAUACCAAAAUGAAUCUCGAGGAGUUCUUAAAUAUGUCAAGAAAACUAAAAACGAGAUAAGAAGAAUUGCCACACCAAAUAAAAAGCUAAGCAUGUUAAAAAAUACAAAGCAAGGAAUAGCAAUUGAUACGACAGAGGAUAGACCAUGUUGUUGCCAGACUAAAACUGCAGAUGUGAUACAAACAAAAAUGGACAUACCUUAUGAUCCAUACCCAUCGAAUGUUAUAUCUAGACCUCUUUUUCUGAAAGAUAAAUACUCUGACUGGCUUCGUUCUCUAAGCAAGCGUAAAGACUCAGCUGUUAUGUCCGUAGCCGCUUGUCAGAUGCAUCAGUUCAGUUAUAAUGAACAACCUCCUAGCCCGACACCUUGUCCUGUACAUGGCUCCUAUGCAUGGCAUAACCCUCAAUAUUCUCAAAAUUCCAAUCCACAAGAAACACCUAAACCUGAUACAGAUACAACCGUACCAACCAAUGCAACCACAGCAAUCCAUUCAACCCUACCAACCAACUCAACCACUCCAUCCAGCUACACCGUACCCAUCAACCCAACCACGUCAAUCGGCACAUUCACACCAAGCACUUCAACCAUACCAAUCAACACCACCACCACCACAACCGCACCAAUCAACACAACCAUACCAAUCAACUCAACCACGACAAUCAGCUCAUUCGCACCAUUCAUUUCAACCAUAUCAAUCAACACAACCACACCAGACAACGCAACCAUACCAGGUAACCCAGCCGCACCAAUCAACUCAACCACGACAGCCAGCUCAUUCGCACCAUUCAUUUCAACCAUACCAAUCAACACAACCACAACAAACAACACAACCGCACCAAGCAACGCAACCACACCAAUUAACUCAAUCACGACAAUCAGCUCAUUCACAUCAUUCAUUCCAACCAUACCAAUCAACACAACCACAUCAUUCAACGCAACCAUACCAGAUAAACCAACCACGCCAAUCAGCUCAUUCACCCCACUUAUCUCAACCGUACCAAUCUACACAACCGCACCAACCCACGCAACCAUACCAAUCAACUCAACCUCGACCGUCAGCUCAUUCACACCAUUCAUUUCCACCAUACCAAUCUGCACAACCACACCAGACAACGCAACCAUACCAGGUAACCCAGCCGCACCAAUCAGUUCAUCCACCUCACUCAUUGCAACCGCCUCAAUCACCACAACCAUACCAAGCUGCCCAACCACGUCAGUCAACCCAUUCGCACCACUCAAUUCACCCAUAUCAAUCAACGCAGCCAUACCAAUCAAACCAACCACGCCAGGCAACCCAUUCACACCACUCAAUUCACCCAUAUCAAGCAACGCAUCCAUACCAAUCAACCCAACCACGCCAGUCAACCCAUUCACACCACUCAAUUCACCCAUAUCAAUCAACGCAGCCAUACCAAUCAAACCAACCACGCCAACCAACCCAUUCACACCACUCAAUUCACCCAUAUCAAUCAACACAACCAUACCAAUCAACACAACCACGCCAAUCCAUGCAUCCAUACCAAACAACCCAGCCACGCCAAUCAGCUCAUCCACCUCACUCAUUGCAACCGCCCCAAUUGACACAACCUUACCAAGCUGCCCAACCACGCCAAUCAGCCCAUUCACACCACUCAUUUCAACCAUACCAAUCAACACAGCCACAUCAAACACCGCAACCAUACCAAUCAGCUCCUACAAGCCAGCCUACUCAACCAUACCGGUCAUCACAGCCCCACCAACCAACUCAACCACGCCAGUCGGCUCCACCUUAUCAAUCAACCCAACCACGUCAAUCGCCUCAUUCGCACCAACCGUUUCAUCCAUACCAAUCAGCACAACCAUACCAGUCGACGCAACCACAUCAUUCAACACAACCAUACCAAAUAACACCACCGUGCCAAUCGUCACAACCAUACCAAUCACCUCAUCCCUGCCAAUCAACAUGUCAAUCAAACCAACCAUGCCAAUCGAGCCAUUCAUAUCCAUCAACCGACCCGUGCCUAUCAAACCAACCAUACCAAUCGACACAACCAUAUCAACAAGCUCAACCAUACCAACCGCCUGCACAAUACCAACCGUCCCAUCAACCAUAUCCUAA